AUGGACAAGGUUCAAAGCUUUUUCACUUUUUUAUUUUUGUUUUCAAUGGAGUGCCCACUUCAUUUAUGUUUGCCUUAGGUAGCUUCAACCACUGGUUCUACUUGCAAUAAACAAUCACAAAUACCCAGAAAAGUCACCAACCAGGCCAAACUACUCUUUAGUGAAACUCGAUUAUUUGGGAUUCAAGGGACUUCCUCAAGACUUGCAGCUGGAUUACCUAACAACCCCAUGGAAUUCCUGAGGAACGAAACAACAAUUCCACAUAGAUCUGCUCUUAUUCAAGUAAUGUUAAUUGCAAGUAUAGCCUUCAGCAUUGCUCUGAUAUGUGGGAUUGUGAUCUCCUAUAUGAUAUAUCGACUGGUCCAGGCUGAGGAAAGACAGCAACUUGAGUUGCUUUAUAGAAACAUCAGGAUACCAUCACUAGGAGAUGAGGAAGGCAGCUCCGGGGACGAGGGCCAGGAUGAGUCCAUGCACCUGCUCCCAGAGAAUGAGAAGGAAUUGGAAAAAUUCAUUCACUCAGUUAUCAGAUCAAAAAGAAAGAAAAAUAUUGAAGAGAAGAAUUUGAGGAAAGAGCAAAAGUUAGCAAAGGGAAAAAACCCAAGGAAUACGACACCCCAUGCAAACGUGGAGAAUUUGUGAAAACAAAUGGAAGAGAUGAAGGAUGUGCUGGCCAAAGUGCAGGAAAAACUGCAGGGGUGACGGGCUGAGAAUGUGAGUAACUUGCUCCUGGAGAACCUUGUAGAAGAGCACUUUAUGGCUGAGGUAUAUAACAGAAAAUAAACUCAC